CUCCGAUCUGGCACCGAUCUAGACAUCUUUUAUCUGUAUAGUCUCUCGUCACUCUUUUCCUUGCCCAUUAUUACCCUCUUUUACCGGCUGGGACCACGACAGCACAGUCCAACACUGCCUCCACCCAAAAUCGCCCGCAUUUGCAUGGCUUCCGCACUCCUUACUGCCGUCGACUCAACCUCGCAUAUACACCUCAUAGUCGGAUCUAAUCCUCUGGCCGGAGCGCGAUGCACGCGCUCAAUUGAGGUUGGCGCGAAACCCGUUCUCGUCGCGCCCGAAGAUGCUUCUCUUCACUAUGGCUUGAUAAAGCGGAUAGAGGAAGGCGAGGCUGAGUGGAUGAAGAGGGCGUUCAGAGACAACGAUUUGACAACUCUCGGUCGGGACGAGGUAGAUCGUGUCGUGGACGCUGUCUUCGUGACAUUGGGGGGCAAGAACCCACUGAGCGCACACAUUUCCAACCUAUGCAGGCGACUACGCAUUCCCGUAAACGUGGCCGACGCGCCUAACCUCUGCACCUUCACACUCCUCUCUACUCACUCCGACGGGCCCCUCCAAAUCGGCGUCACAACCUCUGGCAAGGGCUGCAAGCUCUCUGCUCGCAUCCGCCGCGAGAUUGCCUCUUCGCUCCCUUCACACCUAGGCGCCGCCGUGGAGCGCCUGGGCACAAUACGCCGCCGGAUAUGGGAAGAAGACCACGCGGCAGAGCUGUCCAUGGACCUAGAAGCGGAGGAAGAAGACGGCGGGCAGUCAUCCUCUUUCAACAAACUCAUAACCCCCGAAGACAUCGAGGCCGCCAAAACCCGGCGCAUGCGCUGGCUCGCCCAGAUCUGCGAGUACUGGCCCCUCCGCCGCCUCGCCGCGAUCACAGACGCAGAUGUCGAAACGGCGUUGCGCAGCUACUCCACCUCUUCCACCUCCGGAAUAUCCACCACAGCUAUAGACAAUAGAAAGAGGCGCGGCCGAAUCAUCCUCGCAGGUUCCGGCCCCGGCCACCCCGACCUCCUCACCCGCGCAACCCACAAAGCCAUCCUCGCCGCCGAUCUCAUCCUCGCCGACAAACUCGUCCCCGCCCCCGUCCUCGACCUCGUCCCGCGGCGCACCACCGUCUACAUCGCGCGCAAGUUCCCCGGCAACGCCGAGCGCGCACAGGAAGAGCUCCUCGCUAUGGGGCUCGAGGGCCUGCAAGCCGGCAAGAACGUCGUGCGGCUCAAGCAAGGCGACCCCUACAUUUACGGCCGCGGCGGCGAGGAGUUCGACUUCUUCCGCGCCCACGGCUGGGCGCCGACGGUGCUGCCCGGCAUCACGAGCGCGCUGAGCGCGCCGUUGUUCGCCGCCAUCCCCGCGACGCACCGCGCGGUCGCGGACCAGGUGCUUAUCUGCACGGGCACGGGGCGGAAAGGCGCGGCGCCAGACCCACCGGCGUAUGUGGAGUCGCGGACGACGGUGUUCCUGAUGGCGCUGCAUCGGCUGGCGGCGCUGGUGGAGAGCUUGGUGGACGAUGACAGGGAGAAGGGGUGGCCGCGGAGCACGCCAUGCGCGGUGCUGGAGCGGGCGAGCUGUCCGGAUCAGAGAGUCAUCAGGACGACGCUGGAGUUUGUGUGUGCAGCCGUGGAGGAGGAGGGCAGUCGGCCGCCGGGGUUGCUGGUUGUGGGCAAGGCGUGUGGGGUGCUGUGGAGUGGGAGCCAGAGGUGGGUUGUGGAGGAAGGGUUUAAGGGGCUGGAUGAUGUGGAGGAUGGGAUUGGGGAGUUGAUGAGUGAGUUGGAGAUUGGAGAGGGCGUAAGGCAGGGGUAGGUAGAUAGGGGGAAUUUCGAUACCACCAGAUAUGUAAAUAUAUGGAUUACUUCAAG